UUUACUUUCUAUUCGUUGUAUAUCUGGAGUGAGAGGGGUUAAAUCUCGUGUGCAGUCCAGCUGGAAACUCGUAAAAAGUGUCAUUUGAAGAGGACAAAGAAAUCCCGCGGCAGGCUAUAAGACCUCCUGCCUUCAUUCAUCUCGCUGCACAGCGGCAGUAGUCUUCCUCACGCCUCCUCCUCCGCCGGCUCCGCAAACACUGUUACUGGAUCGGGAUGCGGGCUCUCGUGUUUUGCUGCAGCAUCUUGUCUUUGCACCUUUUCCUCUGCGUUCAUUCUCUGCCGGUUCGCGACCGGAGGACCGCCAGCAGGUACAAGCAGCUACAGGGAUGGCCUCACAGCAAUAGUAACAUUGGUCUGAAGAAGAGAGGAAGACAUGAACAAAACACGCUAAAUAAUGAGCAGCAUUUGAAGUCUUUGCCGGCAUCAAAAGAUGACACUGAGUUUUGGAAGCGUCCUCGGUGCGGAGUGCCAGACUAUCCCACCUUAACGCAGGUUGGCCUGUCAUACUACAACCUGAAGAAACUGAAAGGAGGCCUGAGUAGACAGCAGCGCAAGAAGCGGUUUGCUCUGUUUGGAGGGCGCUGGGAGAAAACCGACCUCACUUACAAGAUUGUGCGUUUCCCCUGGCAGAUGAGCGAUGGCAAAGUGCGGCAUGUCCUCCAGGAGGCGUUUGGUGUGUGGAGUGCAGUGACUCCUCUGAGGUUCAGAGAGGUCACUGCUGAGAAAGCCGACAUCAUUAUUGACUUCAACAGGCACUGAUCUCUUACAAGUGGCAGCUCAUGAGUUUGGCCAUGUCCUGGGCCUGCAGCACUCCCUGGAGCCUGAUGCUUUGAUGUGUCCUUUCUACAGUGACUCCUACCCUCUGCAACUGAGCGAGGACGACAAAAGGGGCAUCCAGUAUCUGUAUGGUCCUCCUCAGCAUUCACCGCCCGAGAUGACAGAGACCAAUGAGAUAGACAUUGGAAUGCCGGAUGCCUGCAGAACAAACUUUGAAGCUGUGUCCAUGAUCAGGGGAGAGCUAUUCUUCUUUAAGUCCCGAUACGUUUGGCGUAUCCGUGAUGGGCAGCUACAAGCUGGCUAUCCAGCCUUGGCUUCGCGACACUGGAGGGGCAUUCCCGACCGCAUCGAUGCUGCUUAUGAAGACAAGUCUGGCAACAUCUGGCUCUUCCAAGGUGACAGCUACUGGGUGUUUGAUGCUGAGAGGAAGAUUACAGGUCCAGAUUCAGUGCGGCAGCUGGGUCUCCCUGUGACAGAUAUCCAAGCAGCUUUGAAGUGGGAAGAGGACCAUGUUGAAAAAGUCUACCUCUUCAAGUCCGCUUCUUACUGGCUUUUCAAUCCUCAAGAGAAUCGAGUUGAUGAUGCCCAUCCUCGCAGCAUGCACAAAUGGGAAGGAGUGCCCAGUGAUAUUGAUGCAGCCUUUCGGGACAAAUAUGGCUACGCCAAUUUUCUGAGUGGACCGCACUAUUGGAAGUUUGACCCUGUUGCGUUGAAGGUGCUAGAAGGCUACCCCCGCAGCAUUGGCAUGGAUUUCUUUGGCUGCUCUGCCCUCCUGCACAAAUAAGAUCCUGCAUACACAUAUGUUAAACUUGCUAAAAAAAGCAAUGGGUUUAUUUUUCAGAUUAAUUCCCCAUAUAGAACAUUUUGGCUAUUUUGGAAAUAUAGUUAAAGGAAAAAUGAGUAGGAUUUCCCUUUAAACAAUGUAUAGAUUCAUUCACACAAAAUCAGUGGCUCCUUCCUGCAGGGUUGUGCGGAGGUGGGGCCGUGUUGUGCUUUAAAACGUAACUCCCAUGAAACAACCAGAAAAUAAUUUUUUUGUUUCUUCACUGCUUUAUUUUCACUAACGCCACACCCUCUCUUCGUUCACUCUCUAACUCGUUUGACCACUGCUGCUCUCUCUCUUUCUCUCUCUCUCUCUCUCUCUCUCAUUGAGCUGGGGAGGAGGGGCCAACUUUGAAUAGUGUUUUUAAAACAGUAACUGACAAAUCAAAUCCUACUCAUUCUGCCUUUAAGGCUGGUGUAUUUUAUUAAGAUGACUCAAAACCCAUAAAUAUAACAACAAAUGCUUGCCAAAGUCAGUGCCUGCUGCAACCAUAUUAUUUUUGGAAAACAAUGGACUUGAAUUUGAAAAUACAUGUCACUGGUUUCAAAAUUUGACUAUGACUGUAAGUUUGCAGUAACAGUCAACUUCCACCCCUAGGCUUUGGUCCCAAAACCCACUGCCCAAGUUGCUUGAAUUUGUCCACAUUUAAACAGUAAUACCACACGAGAGCUUGGACAAACAGUAUUGCUGCACAAAGUCUGUGGGAUGCCCAAUAGUACAAUGUGAAAUGCUGUACUAGUGCAAGUACUCUUUAAAGGUUAGGAGAUUUAAAACACUAAUAUGGCACAAAACAACGAUUUGCUAUGUAAAGAUAUAAUGGAGUCAUGGUGUCCUGAGCAGAGAAUGACGAAAUGAGUUUGCCUGUGUUGCUAUCAAAGCCUGUCUGUGUUUUGUUUACAAAUCUGGUCUGGCCAGGAGUGCAUAUUAGUACAUGUGAGUCCCUCUGUGUGCAGCUGAGUAGAGCAACUGAAACUGCUGUUUUUAUCAUCUACGUUGGUGAAUUAAGGUUUUAUUUCUAACAACUAACAAAGACAGUUUUAUUUUGUUUUUGUCCACUUUAAAUGAAGUUACGAUGUUACACUAUUUGCAAGGUAAAAUUACCAUUUUUGUCUGUGGAGUCUGGUGGCGAGAGAUAGUGAUAGUAUGGCUGUUUCUGUUUAAACAAAUGGUUUAUCUCCGUAGGUAUCCUUUCCAUAAUGCUGACACUAGAAUAACAAUCUGAGCCUGUCAGUGGCAAGAACCACUUUUGGUAAACAUACUUUGAUGAGAUUUGUCCCCAAGCAGCCCUUUUCGUGAAUAUUUUUACAAAUAACUGAAUUAAGGGUUUAUUUAGACCAAAACAGGGUUGAGACAAAGAAAGUUGAUAUUGGUGAUAUUUUUUUUGUUUCUGUCCAGUUUCAAGUGUGUUUUACAAUUUAAAUUACUGGUUUUGUCAAUGACGUCUGGUGGAUUAGAUUUGUUUUGGUCUGAGAUACUGGUGCUCUAGUGGCAAGUGAAUUUCGUACAUAUAACCUUCUUUGUCUUGAGUUAAGAAAAAACACACAAAUCAAACAACACCUUGCUUACCAGCAAAGUUGGGGCAUGUAUUAAGGUAUGCGUCAAGGAACUACACCACACAACAUGUCUGACCAUGUCUAAAUGCAAACCUGAUUAUUUGUUAUUUGCUCUGAAUGACCACACCCGAAGGGAGGGCAAAAAGCCUGCCUCCUCCUGUAGGUUUGAAUACUGAGAAAUGAGAUCCAUAUAUACUCCAGAAAUUUGUCAUCCUGGCAUUGUUGGCAUGUAUCUGCUUGUGUGCCCGUGUGUAAUUAAGUAAGUAAAGAAGACCAGUGUAGACCAAGUUCCUUGUCAAAUAUAAAUAUUGUAUAUAAAUAAAACAACGUGAGAGUAACGAGGACUUCAAUUUCUCCUCUUUUGAUGAAGGCUAACCGUCCUAACCGGUCUGGGCAGAAAGAAAGUUAGCACCUUUCAAAAGAAACUUUUUUGAAAAUUGUCAAUAGCCAAGAUGGUCCACAUCGACCGUGAGCUUUGGCUUUACAUUGCAGACGAUUUACUCAUACAGUAGGAGGUACAAUGAAACAACAUUUUUACAGUCGUAUAGUGUAUGCCCAGUUUAAUACAAUCUGGACCAGUUUGUCCACAGAAUGCACAAACUGGUAUUAACCCUCUCGCUAACUCAAGCAAACAAGUUGACCCCUAAAAUGUCAAAGUACAGAACAUUACAGGGAUUAGUAACUGUGAUUUUCAAACUGUAAUUCCAGGUUCAGACAUGAUAUUUUUCUCUGUUAAAAUAGUCAUUGUGUCAUAUUAGGCUAUUAGAAAGUCAUACAUUCUUGCCAUGACUUGACCAGGACUUCUGCUCUGCCUUACAUAUCUACAAAUCUUGGUCUUUAUUAUUAUUUCCAAAACCCAUCUUAUUUGGGCUUUGACCGCUUCCUCAGUCUCCUUUGAUUUUAGUCAUUAGGUUAUCGUGCAGGCUUAUGUAGCCACCUCAACCACAGACCAUUAAACUCUGCAGAAAUGAUACAAGCAAAAACCGAGAGGGGCUUACUAGGGCAGCAUUGCAAAAAUGUAAUUAUUCACAAAAGCCUUCCAGUCUAGUAUUUAGCAUGACGCUAGUUAAAUAGUUGUCUUGGCACUGACUGUGGUAAAGAGUUGCGUUGCUUUUUUUAAGCUGUACGUUACCAGUUUAUGUUGGUACUGAAAACAAACUUCAGUUCAAUUUGGUCAUACUGAUUUUUCCAAUUCACAGCAGUAUAUCCAGAAUGAAUGAAGCGUGCUACAUCUUUGAAUAUGUAAGGUGCUAUUUAAGGUUUUGUAGGCAAGGUAAACCAGUACCUCAUAUAUUACAUACAUUCAAAAGAUCUGCUCUUUUUACUAUUCAGUGUACUCAAUAGGUAUGUUUUUAUGGAGCCAUAUACAAGUCCUCAUUAUCUGUUAAGGAGCUUUGUUUCAUUUCUCUGAUUGUUACUGUGGCUUUAUCAGAAAAGCUGAGACUGUAUAAUUUUCUGAAAAUUACAAACAUAUUACAUUUGGCUGACAAUAUAAUAUAGCUUGAUAUUAAUCUUGUGUUUCAGUCGUACCAAGAGAAAUGAAACAGAGCUUCACCAUGUUUGACUUACUGUAUAUUUUUUUCAAUAUUAUAUUUGUGCAUUUGUAUUCAAGGUUUUGCUAUUUCUAAUCAGUGCAGGACACUGAUUAUUGCAUUGACUUGUAAAAUACACUGUGGUGUGUGUGCAAAAAUAGCAGUCUAGUGUAGCUUGGCCGCUGUCAGGUGUGAUUUUAAACAGUGUUAACAUAUCCUGACAACAAUGUUUUAUCUAUUUUUAUGUACUUUCAACAUAUACUGAUCUGUUUGCCUUUAUAUUCACUUUUUUCAGUCAGAAUUUGUAUUUCAUAUGUGAAUAAAUCUGUAAAGUUUUUUACUUUAAUAUUUUUUUCUAUUUCUGCAAGUAAUAUAGUACACUGAAGGGAUUUCCAUUUAGAGCAAGGGAUUGCAGUACUUAUUGUAGUUUGGCUGCUGAUUUAGCCGCUCACCAACACGGUCAGUAGUUUGUGUCAGAAGUUGCACUCCUUUCUUGAAGUUAUAACUCAUCGCAUCUGAAUACACUGAUAUGAUACACAUAUUCUUAGAUUUAAUGUGACCUAACAUGUACAUAAUGUCGUUAUCUAUAACCACAAAUAAAUGUCAUCAUCAAAAAUGAAUUUUACACUACUAACAUUGUUGCACCAGGCCAGAAUUUUGGGGUAAGCCUAUCACCAUGGCUGAAGGUUCUGUUGUCCAUUGUAUCUCCCACAAAAACAUUAAACUGGAUGUGUGAAAUACUAAAGAUUCAACUAAAGAACGACAGGGAGAUGUAUCCUAUCU